GUGAAUUCACUUCUAGAUUGAGAAAGUUAGAGAGAUUCUUUGAGAGAGAAGAGAGAUAGCUUGGGAAGACAUCAUCCUCAAGCUUGAGUGAGCCACCAUUGAGUGAGACAAUUUUGUAACAUCCUUGUAUACCCUACUAUUCUUUUGUAUAGUGGAAGAAUCUCCAUAUUGGAGAAUUUAAAUCGUGUGCUCUCAUUGUUACCUUAUUUCCUAAGUGCCUAUCGUAACUUCACGAAACGGGAAAGUCCGAAGUGUUUUUCCCAACAAAUGGAACCUCAUGUUUUAACACAGAUGUCUACACAGGAGCCACCUUGUAGCGUUAAUGAGGGUUGUGAUACUAAUGUUCCACCUUUGGACAAAAAGAGAAAAGGCUCGGAGGUGUGGAAACAUAUGGAAAAAAUAACAAAAAAAGUGGGAGAUAAGGAUAUACUUGAGGCUGCUUCGUGUAAUUAUUGCAAGAAAAGACUCAAGGCAUCCAGUGAUGGAAAUGGUACUUCCUCUCUAUUGAGACACCUGCAAAAUCAUUGUGCUCGAGCUCCUCUUGAGGCAAAACUGAUUGGGAAAGGCCAACAACUCCUCACCCUAAAUACAGAGGGUUCACUUAAGCCAUACGCAUACAAAAAAGAGGUAAGUGACUUUGAAUGUGUGAGGAUGAUAAUUGAAGACGAAUUGCUUUUUUCUCAUGUGGAGGGUAGAGGAUUUAGGAGAUUCUGUCAAUCUUUAAACCCCAAGUGGAAAUCAAUGAAUAGGAAAAGUGUUACCCAAGGUGUGUGGAAACUGUUUUGCACAGAGAAAGCUAAGAUAAUGUCUAUGAUUAAAGAUAACAAUCUUAGAGUUUCUAUCACUACCGACACUUGGACUUCAAUACAAAACAUCAAUUACAUGGUUAUCACUGGACACUUUGUUGACCAUGAUUGGAAUUUGCAUAAGCGAAUUUUGAACUUUACUCAAAUUACAAGUCAUAAGGGUGAUGAUAUUGGGAGGGUGGUGGAGGAGUGCUUGAAUUUUUGGGGGAUCAAGAAGAUAUUUACUAUAACUGUUGACAAUGCAUCCCCUAAUGAAACUGCUGUUGGGUAUAUGAUAAAAAGGAUGAAGUCCUUAAAUACCUUACUGCUAGAUGGUGAGUACUUGCAUGUUAGGUGUUGUUGUCAUAUUCUGAAUCUCAUUGUGCAAGAUGGACUUUCUGAAUUAAAUAAAGAGGUUGUCAGCAUUCGUAAUGCAAUUAAGUUCAUCAAGUCUUCACCGGCUAGGUUAGAGAACUUUAGAAAGUUUGCUGUACUUGAAGGGUUUGAUAAAAGUGCCAAUGUCGGAAUGGAUGUAUGCACUAGGUGGAACUCCACAUAUAACAUGCUAGAGAGAGGUCUGAAAUUCUCUAAGGUCUUUGAUAGGAUGGCUGAAGAGCACAAACCUUAUAGUGAUUGGUUUUUUGAGAAGGAUAAGAGUGGGGCUUAUUUGAGGCAGGGGCCUCCUCUAGGGGAUGACUGGGAGCGUGCUAAGGCUUUUGUUUAUUUCUUAAAGAAAUUUUAUGAUGCCACUUUGAGGUUGAGUUCCUUUAAGAGUCCUACUUCUCACAUCGUGUUUGAGGAGAUGGUUACGAUUCAACUUGAGAUAAAAAAAGCAAUGGAUGACAAUAACAAUCUUCCCUUGAAAAGGGUGGCAACUUCAAUGCUAUCUAAGUUUAACAAAUAUUGGGGCUCAAUUCAGAAGAUCAAUCCUUUGUUUAUCGUUGGGAAUGUUCUUGAUCCUAGAUGGAAAUUAGGAUACCAAAAAGUUCUUCUUGAAAAAUGUGGUGUGUCGAAGGCUGAAAUUGAAACCACUACAAGCUUGGUUAAGCAGAUUUUAAUGCGUUUUUAUGAAGUGUAUAAAGCUUUUGAGCCUGCUGCAGCACAAACUAGUUCUAACAAACCUGGUGGAGAAGUAAACGUGGGGCAAAUUGAUGACUGUGACACUAAAGCGACAAUGAGGGCAGCUUACAUGCAGCAGCAACAAGCUAACCAAGUUGUUCAAAUCAAUAAUGAAGUUGAUGCUUAUUUGUGUGAUCCAUGUGAAGGCAGUUUUAAUCAAUCUUUCUGUUUGCUCUUAUGGUGGAAACUUAAUUCAUCAAAGUAUCCUAUCUUGGGAAAGGUGGCAAGAGAUGUAUUUGCAAUGCCUUGCUCCACUGUUGCUUCAGAAAAUGCAUUUAGUUCUGGAGAAAGGACUGUGAAUUAUUUUAAAUCUUCUUUGAGUCCAAGAAUGGUUGAGGCGCUGGUGUGUUCAAAUGAUUGGAUCAAAGCUGAUGACUUCAACUUUUUCAAUGAGCCAACUAAAGAAGAAGAAGAGUUCUAUAGAGAAUGUGAAGAAGUAGAAAAUGGUGUGGCUGGACUCGAACUUACAGUCUCGACCUCAGAUGAUGCUGAAACAAUUCCAAAUGCUCACCUGGGUCUUCUUAGUUCUUAAGUCAAUCUGAAAUCAUCUUUUGCGUUUGAACUUUUUUGAAGCAGAAAAUGUUUUGCUAGGAGCAGCUGGCUUGAUUUGAGCAAUGCUACGUCAAAUUCAGAUAUUCAAUGGAAACAAGUCAAAUUCACUUGGAUCUUCUAAUUCUUCUUAGUUUUUGUUACCAUCUUGAAGAGAAACAUCAUUUUGUUAUUGGGAUUUUGCUAGUAUUUAUGUUUGGCUCUUCAUGAGUGUUAUGGAUCAGUACUCUUUUUGUGUUUGAUUAAACAGUUUUGCUUUGGCUAUUCCAUGUCCGC